GGAGGGUUGCAGUUCAAAGGCUCUCCCACUGAGAAGCAGAGUCCACCAGGACUGGUCCUCCAGCCCCCAGCCUCCAGGCCUAACACGAAGCAGAUGGUGAGGAGAGAUCCCCAGCAUUAAAGGACGGGCUGAGGCCUCUGCUGGAGGUCCAACAAGAACUAGAACCUCAUUUGGAAGUGGAAUCAUAACAUAGGAACAAUGGACCUGCACAUUGAUAUGUUUGUGUGAAUUUCCCGCAGACUAGACACUGUGCUGCGUAUUGCUGCCUUUCGCAGGUCGAUUGCAAAUUUGUCACAAAAAAGUGAAAAGGGGAAGGACAUUUUUUAGAUUGCACCACCAUCUAACCCUGCACCUUAUACACUAUCCCCAAAACCCACCUACCCAUCCUACAACUUUGGCCCUAAACGAUCCUACUCCAGGCCGUCUGCCAACUUGCGUCUUCAUCUGCCGACAACGAUAACCCCUCUAAACUGAAGUGGGAGGGACCAGAGUCCAAAUGUCCAUUCAGGCACACUUCCCAAGAUAAUUCUCUUCGGUUAUAGUCACAGCCGUGUAUACUCCCCCUCAAGCCGAUACCACGACGGCCCUCAAAGAACUACACUGGACUUUAUGCAAACUGGAAAACACAUAUCCUGAGGCCGCAUUUAUUGUAGCUGGGGAUUUUAACAAAGCAAAUUUGAGGAAAAUGCUACCGAAGUUCUACCAACACAUUGACUGUAGCACUCGCUCUGGGAAAACUUUGGACCACUGCUACUCAACUUUUCGAAAUGCCUACAAGGCCCUCCCUCGCCCUCCCUUCAGCAAAUCUGAUCACGACUCCAUUUUGCUCCUCCCUUCCUAUAGGCAGAAACUCAAACAGGAAGUACCCGUGCUAAGGUCUAUUCAACGCUGGUCUGACCAAUUGGAUUCCAUGCUUCAAGAUUGUUUUGAUCACGCGGACUGAGAUAUGUUCCGGGUAGCCUCUGAUAAUAACAUCGACGAAUACACGGAUAUGGUGACGAAGUUAAUCAGGAAGGGUUUAGGAGAUGUUGUGCCCACUGUGACUAUUUAAACCUGUGCCCACUGUGACUAUUUAAACCUACCCAAACCAGAAACAGUGGAUAGAUGGCAGCAUUCGCGCAAAACUGAAAGCGCGAACCACCGCAUUUAACCAUGGCAAGGUGACUGCGAAUAUGGCCGAAUACAAACAGUGUAGUUAUUCCCUCCGUAAGGCAAUCAAACAAGCAAACGUCAGUACAGAGACAAAGUGGAGUCGCAAUUCAAUGGCUCAGACACGAGACGUAUGUGGGAGGGUCUACAGACAAUCACAGACUACAAAGGGAAAACCAGCCAUGUCGCGGACACCGACAUCUUGCUUCCGGACAAGCUAAACACCUUCUUCACCCGCUUUGAGGAUAACACAGUGUCACCGACGCGGACCACUACCAAAGACUGUGGGUUCUCCUUCUCCGUGGCCGACGUGAGUAAGACAUUUAAGCGUGUUAACCCUCGCAAGCCUGCCGGCCCAGACGGCGUCCCUAGCCGCGUCCUCAGAACAUGAGCAGACCAGCUAGCUGGAGUGUUUACGGACAUAUUCAAUCUCUCCCUAUCCCAGUCUGCUGUCCCCACUUUAUUCUAUAUGUCCACCAUUGUUCCUGUACCCAAGAAAGCAAAGGUAACUGAACUAAUUGACUAUCGCCCCGUAGCACUCACUUCUGUCAUCAUGAAGUGCUUUGAGAGGCUAGUUAAGGAUCAUAAUAUAAUAUAAUAUAAUAUAAUAUGCCAUUCAGCAGACGCUUUUAUCCAAAGCGACUUACAGUCAUGCAUGCAUACAUUUUUGUUUAUGGGUGGUCCCGGGGAUUGAACCCACUACUUGGCGUUACAAGCGCCAUGCUCUACCAGCUGAGCUACAGAGAUCACUGUAGGACCAUAUGUUACAGGACAGAGAGAGCUCAAUGCAUCAUAUCACCUCUACCUUACCUGACACCCUAGACCCACUUCAAUUUGCUUACCGUCCCAAUAGAUCCACAGACGAUGCAAUCGUCAUCGCACUGCACACUACCUUAUACCAUCUGGACAAGAGGAAUACCUAUGUAAGAAUGUUGUUCAUUGACUAUAGCUCAGCAUUCAACACCAUAGUACCCUCCAAGCUCAUCAUUAAUCUUGGGGCCCUGGGACUGAACCCCGCCCUGUGCAACUGGGUCCUGGAGUUCCUGACGGGCCGUCCCCAGGUGGUGAAGGUAGGAAACAACACCUCCACUUCGCUGAUCCUCAACACUGGGGCCCCACAAGGGUGCGUACUCAGCCCCCUCCUGUACUCCCUGUUCACCCAUGACUGUGUGGCCAUGCACACCUCCAACUCAAUCAUCAAGUUUGCAGACGACACAACAGUAGUAGGCCUGAUUACCAACAAUGACGAGACAGCCUACAGGGAGGAGGUGAGGGCCCUGGGAGAGUGGUGCCAUGAAAAUAACCUCUCACUCAAUGUCAACAAAACAAAGGAGCUGAAGAAAUUUGGCUUGACCCCUAAAACCCUCACAACUUUUACAGAUGAGAGCAUCCUGUCGGGCUGUAUCACCGCCUCGUACGGCAACUGCACCGCCCGCAACCGCAAGGCUCUCCAAAGGGUGGUGCGGUCUGCCCAACGCAUCACCGGGGGCAAACUACCUGCCCUCCAGGACACCUACAGCACCCGAUGUCACAAGAAGGCCAAAAAGAUCAUCAAGGACAUCAACCACCCAAGCCACUGCCUGUUCACCCCUCUAUCAUCAAGAAGGCUAGGUCAGUACAGUUGCAUCAUAGCUGGGACAGAGAGACUGAAAAACAACUUCUAUCUCAAGGCCAUCAGACUGUUAAAUAGCCAUCACUAGCCGGCUUCCUCCCGGUUACGCAACCUUGCACCUUAGAGGCUGCUGCCCUAUAUACAUAGACUUGGAAUCACUGGCCACUUUAAUAAUGGAACACUAGUCACUUUAAUAAUGUUUACAUACUGCUUUACUCAUCUCAUAUGUAUAUAUGUAUAUACUGUAUUCUAUUCUAUUGUAUUUUAAUAUAUUAGUCAAUGCCACUCCGACAUUGCUCAAUCUAAUAUUUAUAUAUUUCUUAAUUCCAUUAUUCUACUUUUGUGUGUAUUGUUGUGAAUUGUUAGAUACUACUGCACUGUUGGAGCUAGGAACACAAGCAUUUCGCUACACCCGCAAUAACAUCUGCUAAAUAUGUGUAUGUGACCAAUAUAAAUUGAUUUGAUUUGAGGAAGGGCCUUUUUUUACAGUCUCUCUCUCAUUCUUACACUCUCUGCCCACUCUCUUUGUCUCUCCUUAUCUCUUAUUUAGCGGCCCCAAACUUUUCUGAGUCGAGAUCACUUUCUGAGUCAAAAUGAAGGCUGAGAUCUACCACUCAGAUUAAUUUUUAAACAUGACUUAAAAAACAUAAGCCUAUGCAACAUUAAACUAUGCAACAUUAACCUAUUUGUCACGGUUUCGGCCGAGGCUGCCUCUCUUCCUUGCUCGGGCAGGCUUCGGUGUUCGUCGUCUCCGGAAUACUAGCUGCCACCGUUGUAUGUUUCUAUGUUCGUUUGGUUUUGUCUGGAUUAUGUACACCUGUUGUCGUUUAGCGUCAUUAGUGUCCUAUAAGUUAUCGUUGUGUUUGUCAGGUGUUGUGUGUGAUUGUUUUCGCUGGCGUGUUGGUGCGCUACUAUUUACAGUGCGCUAUUGUAGCUUGCCUCCUUUGUGUAGGAGAGUAUUUUUCGCACAUGUUUAGUGCGCCCUUUUGUUUACGCCUGUGUGCGCAUUUUCUCGCCUCCGGGCUGUUGGAUCGUGUUUUGAGUGUGCAUUACUAAAGUCUUUUGGACUUAUCUUCUGCGUCCUGCGCCUGAUUCCCACACCACACCCACCUACAGCACCCGCUGACAGAAUCACACACCAUACAGAAUGGAAUCAGCAGGAGCCGCAGCAGCACAGGAGACUUUGGAGGAUCGGGUCCGGGAGCAGAAUGACCAGAUCCUUCGGAUCGGGACCGCCCUGCAGGAUGUUAUUAACACACUUCAACGCUGGGAGACCCGAGGGACACCCCCAACUCCACCUCCCCUGCCAUCACCAUCAGCCAGUCAGCCCAUUCCCGCUGCGGAACCCAGGGGAAUUCGACUCUCGCUCCCGAGGGCCUACGAUGGGACCGCUGCCGGGUGUCAGGGCUUCCUUCUCCAGGUGGAGCUAUACCUGGCCACCGUGCACCCGGCGCCCUCGGGACACGAGAGCGUGUCCGCCCUCAUCUCCUGCCUUACCGGCAAGGCGUUGGAAUGGGCCAACGCCGAGUGGAGGAGGAUAGACGCUACCACCAUCACUUACGCUGAGUUCUCCCGCCGCUUCAGGGCGGUGUUUGACCAUCCACCGGAGGGGAAAGCGGCGGGGGAGCGUCUGUUCUGCCUCCGGCAGGGGAGGAGGAGCGCCCAGGAGUUCGCGUUAGAAUUCCGUACUCUAGCGGCGGAUGCAGGGUGGAAUGAGCGGGCCCUCAUCGAUCACUACCGCUGUAGUCUACGAGAGGACGUCCGUCGGGAGCUGGCCUGUAGGGACACCAGUCUCUCCUUCGACCAGUUAGUCGACAUGUCCAUCAGGCUGGACACCCUGCUGGCUACCCGCGGACGUUCCGAGGGGGGUCCGUCCAUUUCACCCUCCAGCGCCUCCGAGCCGAGCCCUAUGGAGCUUGGGGGCGCUGGCGCUAGAGAGAGGAGGGGUCGGAGUACGAGGGGGUCCGUCUCCUGCACCAACUGUGGCCGUGGAGGACACACCGCGGCUAGGUGCUGGGGAUGGCCUCCUAGGGGAGAAGACGACAGGCCCCGCACUGGGGAGUCCUUCCAGGUGAGUAGGCGCCCCACUCACCCAGAGCUCUCUGUUGCGCACUUCUGUAUACCUGUGCGUUUUCCACAGGUAGCACCUCAUUCCCAGCAUAAGGCGCUGGUAGAUUCAGGCGCGGCUGGGAAUUUUGUUGAUAGGAAAUGUUGUUUAGAAUUAGGGAUUCCCCUUCUUCCUGUUGACGUCCCAUUCCCCGUUCAUGCCCUAGAUAGCCGUCCGUUGGGAUCGGGCUUGAUCAGGGAGGUCACGGCGCCACUUAGGAUGUGUGCGCAGGGGGGUCAUAAGGAGAUGAUCCAGCUAUUUCUGAUCGACUCGCCUGCGUAUCCGGUGGUGCUGGGCAUGCCCUGGUUGAGUAUCCAUAACCCGUCUAUUUCGUGGCAGGAGAGGGCUCUGAUGGAGUGGUCUGCCCAGUGUGUGGGUCGAUGUUUAGGCGUUUCCGUAGGGGCUACCUCGGUGGAGAGUCCAAACCAGGUGCCCGCAUUGCACGUUCCCCCUGAGUAUGAGGAUUUGUCUAUUGUGUUCAGUAAGUCGAGGGCGACGCAGUUGCCUCCCCAUAGGCAGGGAGAUUGUGCGAUAGACCUCCAGGCAGGAGCUGCGCUCCCACGGAGCCAUGUGUAUCCUCUGUCUCAGGAGGAGAAGAGAGCUAUGGAGACUUACAUAGACGAAUCUCUGAGACAAGGAUACAUACGGCCAUCCACUUCCCCUGUGUCCUCGAGUUUCUUUUUUGUGAAGAAAAAGGAUGGAGGGUUACGCCCGUGCAUUGAAUACCGUAGUCUCAAUCAGAUCACGGUGAAGUACAGUUAUCCACUUCCUCUGAUUGCGACCAUGACGGAGUCAUUGCACGGGGCGCGUUUUUUCACUAAAUUAGAUCUCAGGAGCGCGUACAACUUGGUGCGCAUUAGGGAGGGCGAUGAAUGGAAGACAGCCUUUAGUACCACCUCGGGCCAUUACGAGUAUCUUGUCAUGCCAUACGGGUUGAUGAACGCUCCUUCAGUUUUCCAAUCAUUCGUGGAUGAGAUAUUCAGGGACAUGCAGGGGCAGGGGGUGGUCGUGUACAUAGAUGACAUUCUCGUGUACUUGUCUACCCGAGUCGAGCAUGUGGCUCUGGUGCGCCGAGUGUUGAGGAGGCUGUUGGAGCACGACCUGUAUGUCAAGGCAGAGAAGUGUCUGUUUUUCCAGGAGUCGAUCUCCUUUUUGGGUUAUCAGUUGUCUGCGUCAGGGGUGAAGAUGGAGGUUGACCGGGUGUCAGCCGUGCGUAAUUGGCAAACGCCAACCACUGUGAAGGAGGUGCAGCAGUUUUUGGGGUUUGCGAAUUACUACCGGAGGUUUAUCCGGGGUUUUGGACAGGUGGCAGCUCCCAUAACUUCUCUUUUGAAGGGGGGUCCGGUGCGUUUGCAGUGGUCAGCCGAGGCGGACAGGGCUUUUGGGAGGCUGAAGGACCUGUUUACCUCGGCUCCGGUGCUGGCGCAUCCGGAUCCCUCUUUACCAUUUCAGGUAGAGGUGGACGCGUCAGAGGCCGGUAUAGGAGCCGUGCUUUCGCAACGGUCCGGCACGCCACCUAAACUCCGCCCCUGUGCCUUUUAUUCCAAAAAGCUCAGUCCGGCGGAGCGAAAUUAUGACGUAGGGGACAGGGAGCUGUUAGCCGUGGUACAGGCCCUAAAGGUGUGGAGGCACUGGCUUGAGGGGGCUCAACACCCUUUCCUCAUUUUGACUGACCACCGUAACCUGGAGUACAUCCGGGCAGCUAGGAGACUGAACCCUCGCCAGGCGCGGUGGAAUAUGUUUUUGACCCGGUUCGUAUUUAAGAUCACGUACAUCCCUGGGUCACAGAACGGUAAGGCAGACGCACUGUCUCGGCGGUAUGACACGGAGGAGAGGUCCGUGGAGCCCACUCCCAUACUGCCGGAGUCUUGUCUGGUGGCACCGGUAGUGUGGGAGGUCGAUGCUGAACUCGAGCGGGCGUUGCGCACCGACCCUAGUCCUCCUCAAUGCCCGGAGGGUCGGACGUACGUUCCGCUCGAGGUUCGGGAUCGAUUGAUCUAUUGGGCUCACACGUCACCCUCCUCUGGACAUCCUGGUAUAGGCCGGACAGUGCACUGCCUUAGUGCUAAGUACUGGUGGCCCACGUUGGCGAGGGAUGUGAGGGUUUAUGUCUCCUCCUGCUCGGUGUGCGCCCAGUGUAAGGCGCCUAGACAUCUGCCUAGGGGUAAGUUACUACCCCUGCCCGUUCCACAACGACCAUGGUCUCACCUCUCGGUGGACUUCAUCACUGACCUUCCUCCCUCACAGGGGAAUACUACUAUACUGGUCGUUGUGGACUGGUUCUCUAAGGCCUGUCGUUUGCUCCCUAUGCCGGGUCUUCCUACUGCCCUACAGACCGCCGAAGCUCUAUUCAACCAUGUUUUCCGGCACUACGGGGUACACGAGGAUAUUGUGUCUGAUCGAGGUCCCCAAUUCACCUCCAGAGUCUGGAGAGCCUUUAUGGAGCGGUUGGGGGUCUCGGUGACCCUCACCUCGGGUUACCAUCCGGAGAGUAAUGGGCAGGUGGAACGUGUGAACCAGGAUUUGGGUAGGUUUCUUAGAUCAUACUGCCAGGACCGGCCGGAGGAGUGGGCACGGUACGUUCCCUGGGCAGAAAUGGCCCAGAAUUCCCUACGGCCAUUCCUCCACUAACCUAACCCCUUUCCAAUGUGUGUUAGGUUACCAGCCGGUUCUGGCACCUUGGCAGCAGAGCCAGAUCGAGGCUCCUGCGGUGGAUGAGUGGGUGCGGCGCUCAGAGGAGACGUGGAACGCUGCACACGUCCACCUGCAGCGGGCCCUCCGUCGUCAAAAGGCGAGCGCCGAUCUCCACCGCAGUGAGGGACCGGUGUACGCACCUGGUGAUCGAGUCUGGCUCUCUACCAGAAACCUGCCCCUCCGCCUGCCCUGUCGGAAACUGGGUCGGCGGUUUGUGGGGCCGUUUAAAGUCCUGAGAAGAUUGAACGAGGUGUGUUACAGAUUACAACUACCUAUUGAGUAUAAAAGUAUUAACCCCUCGUUCCAUGUGUCUCUUCUCAGGCCGGUGGUAGCUGGCCCACUCCAGGAAAAUGAGAUCAAGGAGACUCCUCCGCCCCCAUUGGACAUCGAGGGGGCACCGGCGUACUCCGUGCGGUCCAUCUUGGAUUCGAGACGUCGGAUGGGGGGUCUCCAAUAUCUGGUGGAGUGGGAGGGGUACGGCCCGGAGGAACGGUGCUGGGUGCCGAGGAGAGACAUUGUGGACCCAUCUCUCCUGACGGAAUUCCACCGUAGUCACCCGACGCGCCCUGCUCCGCGUCCUCCUGGUCGUCCCCGAGGCCGGAGUCGGCGCACGUCUGGAGCCGCGCGUCAAGGGGGGGGUACUGUCACGGUUUCGGCCGAGGCUGCCUCUCUUCCUUGCUCGGGCAGGCUUCGGCGUUCGUCGUCUCCGGAAUACUAGCUGCCACCGUUGUAUGUUUCUAUGUUCGUUUGGUUUUGUCUGGAUUAUGUACACCUGUUGUCGUUUAGCGUCAUUAGUGUCCUAUAAGUUCUCGUUGUGUUUGUCAGGUGUUGUGUGUGAUUGUUUUCGCUGGCGUGUUGGUGCGCUACUAUUUACAGUGCGCUAUUGUAGCUUGCCUCCUUUGUGUAGGAGAGUAUUUUUCGCACAUGUUUAGUGCGCCCUUUUGUUUACGCCUGUGUGCGCAUUUUCUCGCCUCCGGGCUGUUGGAUCGUGUUUUGAGUGUGCAUUACUAAAGUCUUUUGGACUUAUCUUCUGCGUCCUGCUCCUGAUUCCCACACCACACCCACCUACAGCACCCGCUGACACUAUUAAAAACAAUUCUGUAGCAAUGAUGUUUGUAGUAGGCUAUAUGUCCAAUACAUAUUGGCUAUGCUUGAAUUGCCCAGACAAUGUUAUUCUUUCAGACCAUUUUAAAAUUAUAUUUCAAAACUUAAGGUAUAUGAUCACACUGGUAAUAGAUCAUAAUUUGGUGUUUUACUUGUGAGGCAUAGCUGAGGGAUUACAAUUACAAUAAUUUGCUUACUUGAUUUUACUGGACUGAUUAUGCCUCAGUGGAGGGAGAGCAUCAGAGGGUCCGCCUCUCACCAUCGUACCAUCUCUCAGCUAUGCCCCCUCCACCAAGACUUACCAAAAAGCAGUAGCGGUGCGUGGAUAAAAUCACUGGGGAAGCAAAUCCAGAAAAAAAGCCAUAUUACAACCUAUGUGUUGUGAUAAUUGCGUUGUUUGCUCUAUAACCUUUAAGUUCAUAUCCCUUGAAACCGUGAUAUAUAGACCUAACAUGCUGACCACACAGCUUGUGUCGCGUGUGCGAGCGUUGCAAAAUAAAUGUACACAUACAUAUUAUUCAAUCAUUGCACCCACACUACUCACGCGCGUCAACGAGCAUAAGCGUAGCCAGGCAUUGAAAUAGAACUAGGUUCUAUUUGUGACGCUUGACGCGCUGCAAGUCCUGCCUCUCCCAUCUCCUCUUUGGUUUUUCAGGAGCAUAUACCCACGUGGGUGAUUGAAAGAUGAACUGAGGUCCACACUCCAGUCCAGUUGGUAGUGGCAAUGCACCUUAAAGUUGGUUGCCAACCACCAUAUAAAGUCCAAAGAAGAAGAAAAAGCCUGCAGGAGGAGAGAUUGCUAGAAACAAACUUGGUUUACCCUUUUAUCUGUGGAUUAAUUGUCGGUGUAGAGGACCUUGUGCAUUUCAGGUAAAAUAACAACCCAAUGUUUAUAUCCCAUGACAAAUUAGAUAGCAACAGCAAGCUAUCUAGCUAAAUUGCCAUAAAUGUUUAAUGCUUUUCGACCUGUCCCCAAAUUAAUAUAGUUGGUUCAGAGUUCGUUUUGAUAUUUCAACCUGCCUGUCCUGAUCACGUUCGGUGUGGGUGGACAAAAUCAACAUGUCCUGAUCACGGUCAGCAUGUAUGGACAAGGCAAUAAGAAGACAGAGUAGCAGAAUAAAUUCAACCACAAAACAUAUUGCAUGUAACAAACAGUUACAUGACCUACAGUAUGGUCAAGCAAGGUAAUGUUUCUGACAUUUUCGGACUACUAAACAACUGUUGAUUUAGAAUGAUGGAGAGUCGCAAAGAAAACAGGAGCUGCCUCCACUAUUCCAGCACCAUUUCAACUUCGACAUUUCAACAUCAUCUAAUCACCUAUGCAUAGUCUAAUACAGUGACAACUAAAAGAUACCAAAAACGAUUUAGUCCAAUCAACGUAAACUAAAUAUGAUGUGGCUGUCCAUGGUACUGAUUUCUGUGUGUGUGUGUGUGUGUGUGUGUGUGUGUGUGUGUGUGUGUGUGUGUGUGUGUGUGUGUGUGUGUGUGUGUGUGUGCGUGUGUGUGCGUGUGUGUGUGUGCGCGUGCAAGUAGAAAAAAACAUGUUGACUCACCCUACUUGUAGAGAAACACCAAUGCCAUCCUCCUCUUUCAUGUUGAAUGAAACAGUAUAUGACUGUCAUACAUAUCUUUUAGUUUUUGUUGUCCUAUGCUACCUGGCUAAAAUGCUUGCUCGCUAGCCUAACUACCUUUCAUGGGCAACGAUGCGCCAGGCCAGCUAGUUAACAUUAGCCUACUGCAUCUAGCUACAUGAUGAACGUCCAUCCUCUCAGGCCAGGGGUGCAAUGUAUGAAUUUAUGGUUGGAUCCGAAUCGCUGUUAUAAUCAUUGGCCAGUACUGAGAAUUAAGUAAAUCUACAAGUCCAAAUCCCUAUCUCCAUCCAUGGCUAAUUUAGGACAGGGCUGAUUAUAGCUAGCUAGCUAGCCACCGGAGGACAACAACACAAUGAGAUGCAACAAUUCAUUUUUUAUUUUUAUUUUUUUAGAUGCAACAAUUCAAUUCACAAUGCAUCCCUGACCACAGCCUGAAGUGGUCAGCCAGAUCUGAACACAAUCAGACCACAAAGCGACUUUUGUGCGUUAGACCCGUCUUUUCAAUGCUAUCUUCAUAUUCUGAUAGCAGAAGUCGUAGGUAGGUGUCAAGUAUAGACACGACCUUGGAGAUCGACCAGUCGAUCACAAUCGACCAUUUGGUGACCAUCUAUGGUUUUGUGAGCAUCAACCGUUUGGUUAUCCACUAUCAUAGAAUUAAGGUGGGUCCUGCCUAGACAAACUCUACAACAUUAUAUGCUGGCCAUGUCAAGAUUGUAAACUUACAGGAAUUGGAUGACAUCAGUGCCACAUUGACAGUAAUUUACAGUAAUUGGACGAUAUCAGUGCCCCAUUGACAGAGACUGGACUGGACUACAGACACAAGUCGCUAAUGUUCACAUGAUGAGGUAGCCUAGUCUGCAAACUUCAAGAUCAGUGUCUGCCCUCAACCCAACAUAAAAUGUCCUCUAAUGGUCUAAUAUGUUGUUUUUUCCCGUGGGAGACCCGGGUUCAUAUCCUGCAUGUUACAUAUAGACUCCAUUGGCUAGGCAGAAUGGCAUGCAUGGGCUAGUUGCUCUGGCUAUCUGUAGCUCUGUGUACAAGUGGAGCUGAGGUGGUUCAGUAAACUGUGCUUGCAUGGUGAGUGAUCUGAUCUGAGACCUGAAGACCCGAGCCUUUAGGUCCGUGGACUAACAUGGCCUUGAUGUGUAUUGACAACCCAGGUUUGACUCACAGGUGGUCCUCCAGACUGCUAGGGUGGCCAAGCAAAACAGGCAGCUGAGCUAGACAAGCCUAUAUGCAAGGACAUUGAAUAAUGAUGAUGAUGAUGAUGAUGAUGAUGAUGAUGAUGAUGAUGAUGAUGAUGAGAAGGAUGAGGGUGAUAAGGAUGUUUAAAGACUUUCCAUAUAAAAUUCAUUUCACAGUUCAUCACAAGUUACAUUUCCUGAUUUUUCAUAACCAUCACUGAUGAUGGAAAAUAUGCUUCCAGGAAACAUGCCUUUGGCUCUUUUUGAUUCUUAUUAUUAGUUCCAUACAAUGCACAUGAUGUCCUAAUUAUGGUGAUGGAUGUAUCUGGAAUGUGUAAGGACAGGUUUACAGUGAAACUUGAGUUCAAGGAAGUAGUUUUACACCAACAAGAGGCUAUAAAGUUGGUGUAGGUUAAAGACAGUGAAGGGGUGGUUUCUUUAGUUGCCUUGGAGACGGGGGUGGGGCCGUAAGUAUUUGGAGUGAGAGGUUUUACACAGUUUCAUUUGGAUUUUACACUGAACUAGGCUACAUAGCAUAGUACCAGCGAAAACGACCGACCGUCGCCCUGAACACUAUCCAGUUAGGACAAGACAAUCAGAACCAUGUGUGGUAAGAACGGAAAGCCUACAUCUAAUCUAGAUAACCAGGAGACAAAUGAUGCAUUAUGCAUGACAAGCAGUAGCCUAAAGUAGGCUCGUUAUGUAGGGCCUAUUGGAAUCGUACAAUAGUAUUUGCUAUGUUGUUUUGUAAUUUAAAACCAGUCCGUUGGGAGCCAUACCAAGGCAAACAGUUUUUGUGUGUAUGUCACCUGACACUGUGUCAAUGAGGUGCCAUCCUUGUAGGCAAUUUACAUGUCAGCGUAGGCCAAUUACAUAUACAUAAAUAUAAACCUAGAUUAUAUAUAAAUAUAACUUGUAUUAUUUCUAGUAAUAACCAAAUAGGUUAUCAGUGUUCUGCAGCGGUCCAUAUCUUGGUUGCACUCCGAUCCAUCCGCUGUAGACAAUUAACAUGCCAGUCUCAUGGCAUGCUCUGAGCUGCUACGUGUCAAUGUAGCUCCUUGGAGUAUUAAUGACAGGUCUGGCAACAUUUUAGGCUAUGACAGGUCGGGAAAAAUUGUUUUAUGAUCAGGUUAUGAUGAUAGGCUACAUCAAUAUGAUACCAUCAGACAUCAAUAUGAUACCAUCAGCCCAGGAGCUUCAUCCUCAAAUAUCCAAUUUAACGAAAUUUAGGCUAUGCUUAAAUAUGUACUCUCAUCCGAGUCGUUGGACUCUAAGCCUAUUCACAUUUCUGUUGCUUAAAUGUGAUUAUGCAUUAUCAAAAAAUAUAUGAUUGUAUGCUAUUUAAAUGCUUUUAGUUUUAGGGUUUUAAUAGUAAAUAUUUGCAUCGAGCUGAAGCAAUCCAAGCAAAGCUUUACAGCCAACUGUAAAUGUAAGUCGGCCAGUUUCUUCCUGGCAUCUCCGACUGUAAAUCUAGGUCUGUUAGUUUCUUCACCGCAUCUCCUCCGGCCCCGGCCUAAAGUUAGCCUACCUGGUCGAGGCGGACACUGCGCGCAAUGUGCUCCUCUCAAUGGCCACAUGUGUUGCACAUACUGGGACCAUUAAUUGCACACGUCACAAACAUUUGAGCCGCUCUCCAGAGGAUAAUGUGUCAUUAGCUUUUUAUCAGAAACCUUAGUAGGCUACACUGUAAUGGAUAUUUAAUUAAAAACUCGGUCAUGUUGCGCAUUAUAUCCCAGUCAGACAGCCCCAAAUGUUCUGUAAACACCAGCUGGAGAGGCUCAUACGAAAUCAAAACAAAAAGGCAGUGACUUUGUCAGCUACAGAGUCAGUGUCCACAGAAUUUCCUCAAUACCAUACAACAGUGAAUAAUCAGUGUGUCAUCGGUCCUUGUACCUCCAGUCUGGCAUCAAUCACUAUCAACAGAUAUGAGAAUAAUUCAUUACAAGUCUAUUGACCAUCAAUCCGCACCUUGAGUGUCACAAAAACUUCAAUAUGCUAAAGAUUGUGUUGAUCACUCUAAAUCUAAUUCCAGCAUUGCACUCAUGCAUUGUAAACGCUGAUGAUUAAUUUGCACCACUAUGAGUUUCCCAUGAGUGGCUUUUUUAUUGCCAAAGCUUUGACUAUAUGAUUCCAUAAUUUCUCCAGUUGGACACGGAUUAGUUCAUUGAUAUACACAGUUAAUUAUAUAUUAUGAUUAAUGUCUAAGCUGUCCCAGUUGGCCAUGUCAGUAACCUAUCAGCGUAGGACACUGUCUCCAUGUUCACAGCACAUUAUAGAGGAUCAUAUUCCUAAACACAGGAAUAGAGAAUUAUGAACAACAACAAACAACUGUUGGGCUACUGACUUUGCAGUAUAGUACUUGCCUCCUCAACGGUUUUCUAGACCAUAGUCUAGUACUGAAUGGAUAGUAUACAUUACACCUACACACUGCUCAAGUCUUUCAGUGAAAGAACUCAUAAAACAGCUCGAGUUGAAUGUGAAGAUAGACUGAAAGAGAGGGUGAAAUAAGUAGAUAAGACUCUCUCUCUCUCUCUCUCUCUCUCUCUCUCUCUCUCUCUCUCUCUCUCUCUCUCUCUCUCUCUCUCUCUCUCUCUCUCUCUCUCUCUCUCUCUCUCUCUCUCUCUCUCUCUCUCUCUCUCUCUCUCUCUACCUCAUUGCAGGGAUCUUUGCCUACCUGAAUUACUGUGUGCCUCGCACCAGAAAGGAGAUAUUUGAGACACUGGUGAAGGGACUGCAGAGGCUGGAGUACAGAGGCUACGAUUCAGCAGGUAUGGCCCUGGUUAUCACCCUGAACACACACACAACAGAUCCCUCACACUAAAGCCCACAGAGCACCACUCCCGCACCUGCAUCUCACUAUGUUUUAUCCAGUCUUACUGUGGAACUGCACAGGCAGUGUACGGCUUAUAGCACUGUCAGUACACUGUAAAACCCCAGUGACUAGUUAUUCCUUCACGAUGUGCUUCGGGGCGGUUAAACAGUGAGAAUAUUGAUACAGAGACUCUGUGUGGUGAUACUGAAGGUAUGAUAUCUAAUCACUUACAGCUGACCUGGCUUAAGGAAGCUGAGUGCUGCCGGAUACUGUCAGUUAUCAUCCCGAUGAGUGCAUUGUCCUGCUAUGUUGACAUGCAGGUACUGUUGAAGCAGGUAUACACAUGUGAUCACAUGCUCCAUGUGAAACUGGGUGUGGACACCCCAUUUAGCUGGCGUACCAGUGGGCAAAAGGUAGCUCUAAUACCUUAUUACCACCUAUCUGAUCCUUUGGGUAGUAGGAUCUUGGCUACGGCUAGGGGUUGAUUUUGGGACAGGGCAUCGGUCAGCAGUGUUCAGAUAAAUGAGAUGAGGUGAACCCAGAAAGCAAAGAAGGCAGUGGUAGAGAGUCCUGAACAUGUGAGGAUAGAAUCUGUUGCCCUAUUCCUGUUCUGAGCCUCACCAUACACCAAUGAUAUCUGCCUCACUGAUAUUUACUAUUGCUUUGGCAUUUCUCCAAUGGUAAAUUCUACACACGCACACACACACACACACACACACACACACACACACACACACACACACACACAUACAGUGCCUUCAGAAAGUGUUCACACCCCUUGACUUCCACAUUUUGUUGUGUUACAGCCUGAAUUUAAAAUGGAUUAAAUUUAGAUUUUGUGUCACUGAUCUACACACAAUACCCCAUAAUGUCAAAGUGAAAUUAUGUUUUUCGAAAUGUUUUCAAAUUAAUAAAAAAUGAAAAGCUGAAAUGUCUUCAGUCAAGACAUUGUUAUGGCAAGCUUAAAUAAGUUCAGGAGUAAACAUUUGCUUAACAAGUCACAUAAUAAGUUGCAUGGACUCACUCUGUGUGCAAUAAUAGUGUUUAAUAUGAUUUUUAAAUGACUACCGCAUCUCUGUACCCCACACAAACAAUUAUCUGUAAGGUCCCUGAGUCGAGCAUUGAAUUUCAAACACAGAUUCAACCACAAAGACCAGGGAGGUUUUCCUAUGGUUCGCAAAGAAGGGUACCUAUUGGUAGAACGGUAAAAAAUAUAUAUACACCCAGUCACUACAAAGGUACAGGUGCCCUUCCUGAAUCAGUUGCCGGAGAGGAAGGAAACCGCUCAGGGAUUUCAGCAUGAGGCCAAUGGUGAUUUUAAAACAGUUACAGAGUUUAAUGACUGUGAUAGGAGAUAACUGAGGAUGGAUCAACAACAUUGUAGGUACGCCACAAUACUCACAUAAAUUACAGAGUGAAAAGAAGGAAGCCUGUACAUAAUACAAAUAUUCCAAAACAUGCAUCCUGUUUGCAAUAAGGCACUAAAGUAAUAUUGGAAAAUAUUUGGCAAAGAAAGGAACUUUUUGUCCUGAAAACAAAGCGUCAUGUUUGGGGAAAAUCCAACACAACCCAUCACUGAGUACCAGUCUUCAUAUUUUCAAGAAUGGUGGUGGCUGCAUCAUGUUAUGGGUAUGUUUGUCAUCUGCAAGGACUAGGGAGUUUUUAGGAUAAAAAUUAACGGAAUAGAGCUAAGCACAGGCAAAAUCCUAGAGGAAAACCUGGUUCUGUCUGCUUUCCGAAACUGGGAGACAAAUUUCAGCAGGACAAUAACCUAAAACACAAGGCCAAAUAUACACUGGAGUUACUUACCAAGACGACAUUGAAUGUUCCUGAGAGGCCUAGUUACAGUGUCGACUAAAAUCGGCUUGGAAAAUCUAUGGCAGAACUUGAAAAUGGCUGUCUAGCAAUGAUCAACGACCAACUUGACAGAGCUUGACAAAGUUUUUAAAGAAUGGGCAAAUAUUUUACAAUCCAGGUGUGCAAAGCUCUUAGAGACUUACCGAGAAAGACUCACUGCUGUAAUUGCUCCUAAAGGUGAUUCUAACAUGUAUUGACUCAGGGGGUUGAACACUUAUCUAAUCAAGAUACAUUAGUGUUUUAUUUUCCAUUAAUUUAAACAAAUAUAAAAACGAAUAUUUGAAAAUAUAGUAUUUUGUGUAGAUUGUUGACAAAAAAUGUAAUAGAUUUUAAUCCCACUUUGUAACACAACAAAAUGUGGAAAAAGUCAAGGGUGUGAAUACUUUCUGAAGGCGCCGUACACACACACAUACACACACACCCUUGUGACUUACGUGAGCUGGUUGAUAUUCACAGGGAUUCCACAGUAAUCGUCUCUUUCCUCUGAAAUUACAAUUUAACUCUUCCCUGAAUGAUCUCACAUUUAAGUGUUUUAAAGGCAUUAAAGAUGCGUUAUAAAGGUUUUGUAUAAUUUCAGCCAGUAGUUUUGAAAGUAGUGCUCACGAGCCAAAAACAUGUCCCCGAAAAUGGUGUACUACGUCAUCCAUUUCAUAUAAUAUGUGACGUCCUGCAAAAAAUAAAUAUAUAUAUUUAGCAAUUCGUAUGAUAUUGUUACAAAUCCAAUUUGUACAAUAUGUUAUGAAUUUGAUGUUCUUAAGAUCUUAUUGGGCGGCAGGUGGCUUAGUGGGUAAGAGCGUUGUGCCAGUAACCGAAAGGUUGCUGGUUCUAAUCCCCGAGCCGACUAGGUGAAAAAUCUGUCGAUGUGCCCUUGAGCAAGGCACUUAACCCUAUUUGCUCCUGUAAGUCGCUCUGGAUAAGAGCGUCUGCUAAAUGACCAAUUAUUAUAUUAUUAUAAUUAUUAUUAUUCAAUCUCUUUAUUUGAGCGUUUCAUAUGGAUUAGGAUGGAUUUGGAGUCUUUCAAACAAGCUUUCAAAUUGGACAUGAAUACUGCCUCAGUUGAUGUUGAACUGAUUCAUUGACUGGCCUUGCAGCCUACUAGCUAGCAAGUUUAGCCUUCAUUGACGAUGAUUGGUUUAGGAUUUGUAUUGGUAUACAUUUGCCUCAGUAGUUUUUCUCUCUGGUCUCAGGCAUCGCUGUGGAUGGUGACAAAAACACAAUGACAGAUGACAUCAACAACAACAUCGUUCUCAUUAAGAAGAAAGGCAAAGUCAAGGCCCUGAAUGAAGAGCUCUACAGUAGGUCUCAUGGAUACAUCCUUUCUCUCAUUUCCCCCAUCACAUUCCUCUCCUCCAGCGGCAGAUAUGUGUUUCCGAAGAAUCCCAUGGCCUGUACCUCUUUCUUCUUGAUGACUCCUUUCUUUUUCGGCCUCAGGACACUUCUAGUGCACUUCUCUCCCUCUUCUAUUUCUCCUCUUCUAUUUCUCUUCUUCUCUGUCCUAACCAAAUACCUCUUUAAUGAAAGAGGGUACAGUGUAGGGUUACGGUAUGGGUGGAAGGGUUAUGGUAAGACAUUGAGCUCGGCUGAAUUACCAGACUCGUAGGCAGUCCUCUGUCAGCUUUACCCUAUCACUGUACCCAUUAUUGACUGAUCUUAAAUCUGAUCAUGUCACUGUUCAAUCAUUGAUAGAAUACCUUUGUUCUUAUUGUUGAUCAGUGCUUGAUGUGUUUUUGUGAUCAGAGAAAGACUGCAUGGAUCUGGAGGCGGAGUUGGACACACACUUUGGCAUGGCUCACACACGCUGGGCCACACACGGAGAACCCAGCGCCCUCAACAGCCAUCCCCACCGCUCCGACAAGAACAAUGGUAACACACAAUCACCUGUGUACACACACACACCGUUCAUACCUGCACACAACAUACAGUGCAGACAUACACACCAACCCACUGCUCUGUCAUGGCUUUGACAUAGUUCUCUGGUUAAUGGAGGUAUCAUGAGUCAGGUGAGCUGGCUUUUGUUCUGGUUACUGAUUGGCUAGAUAUCUCAAAAUGUAAAACACACCUAGCAUACUGUGACCAGCCCAGGUCUCCCCUCAGCUCUCUCUUAAAGGGUGUGGGAGGCUUGGGUGUGGGAGGCUUCAGUGUGGGAGGCUUCAGUGAAAGGAGUAUUUACAUACAUGCAAAUGAUAGACAGAGAGAAUCAGCCUUUCACAGAGGCCGGCCAGACAGCUAAACAGACAGACAGACAGGGUCUUGUUCAGUUGACCUUAAACAUAGCUAUGUCCUUCCUCAGGCACACAUUUUCAUAUGUGUUCUUUGUGUUAAAGAUAACUAUGUUUAGAGUCAAUUUCACCUGUAUAUAUUCCAAGUUCUGACCGCAUGCCAAGGUGUGUGUGAGUGCGUCAGGACUCAGGGUACACCGCUUAACUAUGCAGUCAGGCAGAAAUGACAGGAAUUGCUGUUAAGAUACACUACAUGACCAAAAGUGUGUGGACACCUGCUUGUCGAACAUCACAUUCCAAAAUCAUGGGCAUUAAUAUGGAGUUGGUCCUCUCUUUGCUGCCAUAACAGCCUCCACUUUUCUGGGAAGGCUUUCCACUAGAUGUUGGAACAUUGCUGCGGGGACUUGCUUCCAUUCAGCCACAAGAGCAUUAGUGAGGCCAGGCACUGAUGUUGGGCGAUUAGGCCUGGCUCGCAGUCGGCGUUCCAAUUCAUCCCAAAGGCUUGUGUGCAGCUGCUCGGCCAUGGAAACCCAUUUCAUGAUGCUCCCGACUAACAGUUAUUGUGCUGACGUUGCUUCCAGAGGCAGUUUGGAACUCGGUAGUGAGUGUUGCAACCGAGGACAGACCAUUUUUACAUGCUACGUGCUUCAGCACUCAGCGGUCCCGUUCUGUGAGCUUGUGUCCCUACCACAUCGCGGCUGAGCCGUUGUUGCUCCUAUACAUUUCCACUUCACAAUAACAGCACUUACAGUUGACCGGGGAAGCUCUAGCAGGGCAGGAAUUUGACUAAUUGACUUGUUGGAAAGGUGGCAUCUUAUGACGGUGCCACGUUGAAAGUCACUGAGCUCUUCAGUAAGGCCAUUCUACUGCCAAUGUUUGUCUAUGGAGAUUGCAUGGCUGUGUGCUCGAUUUUAUACACCUGCCAGCAAUGGGUGUUGAUGAAAUAGCCGAAUCCACUCAUUUGAAGGGGUGUCCACAUGCUUUGGCCAUGUAGUGUAUGUUAAGAGGAUUUCCUGACUGAUUUCUCGCUGUCUCUAUUUCCUGACUGAUUUCUCGCUGUCUCUAUUUUCCCUCAGAGUUUGUUGUCAUCCACAACGGCAUCAUCACCAACUACAAAGAGUUAAAGAAGUACCUGGUAAGACAAGUCCUACUCUAUCUCUCCACUCCCCUUUCUGUAUUUCUAUAGUUGUACUCUAUUUCAGUAUAAAUUACUCCACCGUAAAGAUCAGCCUGUUUUGGGUCACACCCUUGGUAAAGAUCCGAGAUAUGAUCAGAAGUGUUAUAGGAUUUCAAGUCUUCUGUCAUCCAUUGCCUUUGACGAUCUUAGGCCUGGGUCCUUUGUUUUGGGCUUUUUGACCGAUGACUGUUGCACUAUUCUACACAUCAUUUACAUUUACGUAAUUUAGCAGACGCUGUUAUCCAGAGCGACUUACAAAUUGGUGCAUUCACCCUAUAGUGGGAUAACCACUUUACAAUUUAUUUAUUAUUAUAUUAUUUUUUUAUUUUUUUUUGGGGGGGGGGGUAGAAGGAGUGCAAGUGAUUUGAAAUGGCAUUGACAAAGUGGCAAUGGGCAAUGUUUGCUUAGGCCAACUUGUGGAAAUCAUACAGCGCACCUUUUUUCUUCUGAGUCAGCUUGCCUUUUGUCUGUCUGGUUUUGUCAGUCCAGUUUAGCUGGUUCUGCCCAGUUAGCACAUAACGUUCUGAGAACCAUAUGUUUCUUAGAGCUUGGUGAGAGCAUGGUUAUCCUAUGGUUAUUUUGCAUACAACCUUCCCACAACUUUCUGGGAAUGGUGCAUGAUAGUUGCUUGGCUUUGGAACAUUCCAUUUUCUUGGUAUUUCAUUACUUAAACAUGGUUACAUUUCAUUUACAUUUUGGUAAUGUUCUAGGAACGUUCUCCAACUGGUUUGACAUUAGGAAUGUUCUCAAAUAUUUCAGAGAAUGUUAAGAAAUAACGUUCUUCUGUGGGAAUUUCAGUACUUUCACAGAACAUUCCACACAAGUUCCCAUGUGGUUCUAUUUAAUGUAAUAUUUUUACUACAUUCUGGGAAAGUUAUAAAGAAUUGUAUGACUUAAGCAAUGUUCUCAGAACGUUCAGAUAAUGUAUGGUUCUCUUUUGGCAAUAUUCUGGGAAUGUACAAAAAAGAAGGAAAUUGUACACAUUAACAUCAAUUAACUCUAAAUUCCGUUCUCAGAACGUUAAGAAAACUUUCCAUUAAAAACACAAGAAAAAUGUAGUAACGUUCAGAAAACAUUCUAAGAAUGUUAUUUAAAAACAUAUACAUUUGGUUCUCAGCAUCAACCAAAAUCUCUCUAUCCUCUAUCUUUUUAAGUGUGUUCAGGUGUGUCGGCCGCACCCACUAAUUGGCCACACCUGAUCUUAAUGAGUUCUUGUUUCCUUUGAAAAUAGGUCUGUUUAAAUAGACUAAAAUAAACAGCUUUGUAUGGUUAAAAGAACAUGGGAUGCUAUCUCCAUCAUGGUGACGCAGUGGACUUGGAUAGAGAACAGAAGAUCAUAGGUUUGAUUCUCACUGAUGCCGUGUCACAAUACGACUAAUGCCUAAGGAAAUUAAUGUGUCCUAUCUGUGCUUGGAGUUAAAAAAAGUUAACCCAAAAUAAGCUAGCAGUGUUAGUAAAAGCCUUAUUGAAACAUUUUGUGAAAGUUUUAAGGAAGUUUUUCAAACUCGUCCAAAAAACCUAUAUUUUCCGUUCUCAAAGCGUUAAUAAAACCUCCCAUGAAAGCUUUGAAAGGAACCAGAGUAAAACGUUCUCAGAACCAACAUUUUCACUUCUGUUCUUAGAACAUUUAAAAAACGUUAUGUUUUACUGGUCAGGAAACUUUUGGCUUCGAUCCCACAACCAAUGUGAAACCAAAAACAUUAGUUCCCACAACUUCCAAGGAACCAAAUGUGCUAGCUGGGUGCCUUCUCCUCCUUAACUAUAAUGGGUAUAAAUAGAUGACUGUACUUACCUCAUCUUAGAUCUGUUUGUGCUGUAGCCAACUCCUCUGACUAUUGGUGUUAUGCUAGCAGAGUUAUUAUGCUAGCUAAUGCACAUGUAUUUAACCUUUAUUUAGGCAGGGAGUCCAAUUGAGACCAAGGAAGCCUUGCAUGAAAAGCCCAGCAAUUACACAAUAAAAGUUAGAGGCAUAUCAGGGAGUGCUGCUUCAGUAAGCUUGUAAAAUUCAUUCUGAUCCCCACCCUCUUUCAGAACUCCAAGGGCUAUGAGUUUGAGUCAGAGACCGACACAGAGGUCAUCCCUAAACUGAUCAAAUACGUUUACGACAACCGAGAGAGAGAAGACCUGUCCUUCUCUACGCUGGUGGAGAGAGUCAUUCAACAGCUGGUGAGUACUGGGACACUCAAUCAAUACAAUUUAUUUAUAAAGCCCUUUUUACAUCAGCAGAUGUCACAAAGUGCUUAUACAGAAACCCAGCCUAAAACCCCAAACAGCAAGCAAUGCCGAUGUAGAAGCACGGUGGUUAGGAAAACCUCCCUAGAAAGGCAGGAACCUAAGAAGAAACCAGGCUCUGAGGGGUGGCCAGUCAUCUUCUGGCUGUGCUGGGUGGAGAUUAUUAGAGUACCUGGCCAUUAAGGCCAGAUCGUUCUUUGACCAGCAGGGUCAAAUAAUAAUCACAAUGGUUAUAGAGGGUGCAACAGGUCAGAACCUCAGGAGUAAAUGUCAGUUGGCUUUUCAUUGCCGAGCAUUCAGAGGUCGAGCCAGCAGGUGCGGGAGAGAGGGAGAGAGGGAGGGAGGGAGGGAGGGAGGGAGGGAGGGAGGGAGGGAGGGAGGGAGGGAGGGAGAGAGGGAGGGAGAGAGAGAGGGAGAGAGAGAGAGGGUUGAAAACAGAAGGUGCGGGAGAGAGAGAGAGAGAGAGAGAGAGAGAGAGGAGAGAGAGAGAGAGAGAGAGAGAGAGAGAGAGAUAUAUGAAAACAGCAGGUCCAGGACAAGGUAGCACUUCAGGUGGACAGAACAGCAGAAACUGGAUCAGCAGCAUGACCAGGUGGACUGGGGACGGGGACAGCCAGGAGUCAUCAGGCCAGAUUGUCCUAGGGCUCAGGUUCUCCAGGAGUGGAGAGAGAGAGAGAGAGGGAGAGGGAGAUGGGAGAAUUAGAGGGAGCAUACUUAUGUUCACACAGGACACCAGAUAAGACAGGAGAAAUACACCAGAUAGGAUAGACUGACCCUAGCCCCCCGGCACAUAGACUAUUGCAGCAUAGAUACUGGAGGCUGAGACGGGGGGGUCGGGGGUCACUGCAGCCCCGUCCAACGGUACCCCUGGACAGGGCCAACCAGGCAGGAUAUAACCCCACCCACUUUGCCAACACCUACUGUACUACUAUAUUGUUACUAUAGUACUACUACGGUACUACUACUACUGCUGCUACUACUACAACUACAUUUUUAGAUUUUAGUCAUUUAGCAGACGCUCUUAUCCAGAGUGACUACAAUUAGUGCAUUCAUCUUAAGAUAGCUAGGUGAGACAACACAUCACAAUCGUAUCAAGUAGAUUUCCCUCAACAAAGUAUUUAACAGCAAAGUCAGUGCUAGUGGGAAAAUAAAUGUUUAUGUUUUUUAUUUUCUGUUUGGGGGGGGUGUCGGAGGCGCCGUGAGAGUUAUUUAAAGUACUCUUCAAAGACUACUAGUACGCCGACAACGACUACUACUGCGGCUGCUGCUGCUGCUGCUACUAUUACUACUAAACAAAAAUGAAUUGCUUAACAAAAUGACAAAGCAUCCCCUCAGAUUCACAUCUGGCCCUAUGAUGAAUGCCAUCUCUGAAACAGCAUUGUAAGGGAGUGUUUUCAACAACAGAGCAACAAUCUCCCCCAGUUCCCCUUCAUCAUACCAUAGCCCUGUCCUGUGGCUCUGUGUCAUAGAGUGGGUCAUUGAGUCCAGUCGGGCCUAAAAUCUGACCGCCCUCCCAUCUCUCUCCGUUCAGCCCAGUAUGACGUUACCUCACUUUCCUUCCCAUUAAUAGUGUUACACCAUCACCAAAACAGUCACCAUGGCAACCAACCCAGCAACAUCUUUAGUGACAUCAUGAUCUGUAUAUCUGGUGACCAGGAGCGAGACACUUUUUCAAAUCACUUUUGUACCAACUAGAACUAGAUUGCUAACUAGUCUCGCUCAGUUCUUCACACACUCUUGUUGUUGAGUUUGGUCUUAUUGGAGCCAGUCCUAUCUCAGCCCCAUCUCCCGUCUCCCUGGCUCACUGUAAAAGCUCUGAGAAGAACACAGAGGAUGAAGUGUACAGCUUCACUGGGUUUGGGCUAAUAGGAACCAGACCAGAGCAGAACCCUUACAGCCUAAAGACCAUUGCUCCUUCCCCUCCUCUCUCCUCCAUCUCUCUCCCACUCUUGGCGAGAGUGCUGGCAGUAUGUUGGAAACAGAGCUGAUUUUAUACAAUAGGGGUCUUAUUCCCCCUAACUUCCCUGAACAUCCCCCCCCCAUCCCUCCUACACAUCCCCACUACUACCCUCCACGAGGGGGAACACAGAUGGAAAGACUGUCUCCAAAAAGAAACAGGGAAUUUGAAUGUUGUUUUGUAAGGUCACUGUCGGUCUGUUCGACUGAAACUGUCCUCUACAUUUUCCUUCGUUGUAUUUCUUCUUUGUACAAUUCCUUCUCAUCUUCAUCCUUCUCCUCUUCCUUGUCAUGUUCGUCGUCAUCAUCAUGGACCUUAACAGACAUGUUUGUAUUCUCUCCUCUUCGUCACCCUGUCUUAGGAGGGGGCCUUCGCUCUGAUGUUUAAAAGCCGUUAUUUCCCCGGAGAGGCGGUAGCCACCAGGUCAGUAUCUAUGUCCACUCACACACACAUCUCUGUCCGUCUGGCCUAUGCCAUGACCACACACAUCUCUGUCCGUCUGGCCUAUGCCAUGACCACACACAUCUCUGUCCGUCUGGCCUAUGCCAUGACCACACACAUCUCUGUCUGUCUGGCCUAUGCCAUGACCACACACAUCUCUGUCCGUCUGGCCUAUGCCAUGACCACACACAUCUCUGUCCGUCUGGCCUAUGCCAUGACCACACACAUCUCUGUCCGUCUGGCCUAUGCCAUGACCACACACAUCUCUGUCCGUCUGGCCUAUGCCAUGACCACACACAUCUCUGUCCGUCUGGCCUAUGCCAUGACCACACACAUCUCUGUCCGUCUGGCCUAUGCCAUGACCACACACAUCUCUGUCCGUCUGGCCUAUGCCAUGACCACACACAUCUCUGUCCGUCUGGCCUAUGCCAUGACCACACACAUCUCUGUCCGUCUGGCCUAUGCCAUGACCACACACAUCUCUGUCUGUCUGGCCUAUGCCAUGACCACACAUAAGUCUGUCUGGCCUUCACACACUAAAGUAUGAAACAUUACUAAAACAACAUAAUCAUUCCAACUAAAACAACAUAAUCAUUCCAGGACAUCAGACUGCUAAAUAGUCACCACUAGCCUUAUCUUAGCUCAUUGGUCACCAUAGCAACACCCACCCGUAGUCUGCGCUCUAGCGGGUAUAUCUCACUGGUCAUCCCCAAAGCCAACACCUCCUUUGGCCGCAAUUCCUUCCAGUUCUCUGCUGCCAAUGACUGGAACAAAUUGCAAAAAUCUCUGAAGCUGGAGACACUUAUCUCCCUCACUAACUUUAAGCAUCAGUUGUCAGAGCACCUUACCGAUCACUGCACCUGUACACAGCCCAUCUGAAAUUAGCCCGCCCAACUACCUCAUCCCUAUAUUGUUAUUUAUUUUUGCUCAUUUGUACCCCAGUAUCUCUAUUUGCACAUCAUCUCUUGCACAUCUAUCAUUCCAGUGUUAAUACUAAUUGUAAUUAUUUUGCACUAUAGCCUAUUUUAUUGCCUUACCUCCAUAACUUGCUAAAUUUGCACACACUGUAUAUAUAUGUAUUUCUGUUGUAUUUUUUUUUUUUGACUUUGUUUUGUUUUACCCCAUAUGUAACUCUGUGUUGUUGUUUUUAUCGCACUGCUUUGCUUUAUCUUGGCCAGGUCGCAGUUGUAAAUGAGAACUUGUUCUCAACUGGUUUACCUGGUUAAAUAAAGGUGAAAUAAAAAAUAAAAAAAUAGCCGGCCUCCGCCCAGUACUCUACCCUGUACCAUAGAGACUGCUGCCCUAGUCAUUGAACACUGGUCACUUUAAUAAUGUUUACAUAGUGUUUUACCCACUGCAUAUGUAUAUACUGUAUUUUAGUCAAGGCUCAUCCUAUAUAACUACUGCUGUAAACACAUGUUCUAUUCCUAUACUGUCCAUAAUGUCUAUACACACCAUAUUAUACAUACAGUAUAUAUUUAUAUUGCUCGUUCUAAUAUUUCUAUCUUUCUUAAUUCAUUUAUUUUUAUUUAUUGGAUUUGCAUAUAUCGUUUUGUAUUGUUAGGUAUUACUGCACUGUUGGGAACAUAAGCAUUUUGCUACACCCGCGAAAACAUCUGCAAAAUGUGCGUACGCGACCAAUAACAUUUGAUUUGAUUUGAAAGGAUCAACACCCAUUGGCAUUGACUCAUCGUCUCAGCUAUUGCCACAAUAAAACAAUAACAGCCUGACUCUAUAUAGCCCUAUAUUGAUCUUCAGACUGUGUGUCUCUGCCAAGCUUCUAUUCCCUCUAAUUAAUGCAUCAGCUAUGAUGACUGGAAGUUGCAACAGUCAUGGCUGAUGGUAAAGGGGUGGAAGUGUGGGGUGGGUCUCUGUGUGUGUACUCUUGCAUGCCUGCAUGUGUGUAUUCAAGCUUGUGUUUGUUAGUUUGUGUGCAUCGUGCAUGCUUAUGUAUGUAAGUGUGUGUGGUACAGAGAAGCAUUGCUGCAGUGUGUGUGAGACCCAGGCAGAGGGGGAGAAAGAGAGGGGUGUGAUCCAGGUUCAGUCACUCCUUGCUGGGGCUCUCUAGGGCUGGCCUCCUGCCUGGCUCUUCUCUACUCUUUGUGACUCAUUGAAGGAAGACUAUGCUCUGUUUCCUCUUGCUGCUUAGGAAAAAACCCUGGCCAGAACCAAUCAUACUCAAUCACCUCCAAUCACUUUAUUUAUUUCUCUCUGUUUCCUCGUUGGAGGGAGAGAGGGAGUGGUGAGAUGAGGGUUGUUGACCUAUGGUAAAGAGGAGGAGGGUUCCCUUUUAAUUGCUACCAUUGUUAUGCAUUUCACAUUUCUUCUGUAAGAAAUAUUUCAAUUUAGCCCUAUCUAUAUAGGCCAAUUAAGUGUAAAGGGUUAAAACAACCAGCACAGCAGUGUGCCUUCCUGCCUGAUGUCACUCUUCCCCAGCUACAGCUCCCUGCUCCCAGCCCAACGUACAGGACUGUCAGAGAAGAGAAGGAUACAGUAAACAGAGGGAAAGAAAAGAGUGUAAUUGAGAAACGUGGCUGUUUUCUCGGUUGGGAAUUACCCCAGCCAGGUGUAAGCUGUCAAGCACAACAAUGACUUAGAUAUUUAUGAUUGCAGUAUUUUUGAUGGAGUGUUAAGAGUUAUGUUUGAGUACUUUUAUCAGGUGCUUUGUGUACACACUGUCAUAGGUCCUAUUUGACACUGUAGGAAUAAAGGUGUGAGCUAUAUUCAGGUUAUGUUUGGCACACCCUCUCCCCUCACCUGUCGCGGUCACACCCAUCUGCACCUGCAUACCUGCAUCAGCCAAUCAGAGAAGCACACAUAGAGUACUGGAGAUGAGGAAGCUAGAAACAUGAGCAGGAACUGAACUCAUCCACCUGUAGGGGAGAGGGAGGAAAAGGAGCAAAAAAGUGCUAGAAAAUAAGAGAGAGACAGCAAGAGGCAGUGUGACUUCAAUGUGUGUGUGUGUGUGUGUGUGUGUGUGUGUGUGCGCGCUUGCAUUUGUGUUUGUUCUCUGAAACAAAUCUAACAAUUUCUCUCCAUCGACCCCCUCUGUCUUUCUCACGCUCGCCCUCUCUUUUCCCCUUUCUCCCCAUCCCUCUAUCCAUCCCCCUUUCUCUGUCUAUAUCCUUCAGGAGAGGAAGUCCUCUUCUCAUUGGUGUGCGGAGCAAGGAUGAGCUGCCUACAGAGCACAUUCCAAUCCAGUACAACACUGGUGAGCUCUGUUCCCCUCUAUCAGACAUGAUCACUUUACAGUGUUCUUAAACCUUUCAGUCUGCCUACUGUUCUCACAGCAACCUGACUGUGUUAUCAACCUAAAACACACCGUAUUUCAAUCAAACCACAACUGAACACCUUUGGUUACAUUAUCUUCAUGCACCGAUCUCUUAAUUUGAGAUAAGAGGGUGUAACUGACGCAUAAAUAUUGCAUAUGAGAUUUGCAUGAAAAGUUUACUUAUAUGUCUGUAGUUCAAGUCCCGAUUCAGGUCAAUAUGAAACACCCAUACAUUAUCUAAUUAACUAACCAACUCAUUAGCUAACUAACCAACCAGUCAGCUAACGUAAUGCAGUUGUUCCAAGCUAACCCCUGUCAGAGCUAUCUGUGUUCGUGAGCAGUAUCUGUAUCUGUGUCCUAACACUAACAGUAGCAGUACUUACCAUCUGGUCCAGACUAAUGGUUAUGAAAGCCUGUUCUCCUGUGUGGGAUAACAUGUAAUAAUCUAAGGCUAACCCUAAUCCUGUCAAAUCAAAUACAAAUCAAAUCAAAUUUUAUUGGUCACAUACGCGUGUUUAGCAGAUGUUAUUGCGGGUGUAGCGAAAUGCUUGUGCUUCUAGCUCCGACAGUGCAGUAAUAUCUAACAAGUAAUAUCUAACAAUUUCACAACAUAUACCCAAUACACACAAAUCUAAGAAAGGAAUGAAUUAAGAAUAUAUAAAUAUAUACAUAUAUGGACGAGCGAUGUCAGAGCGGCAUGGACUAAGAUACAGUAGAAUAGUAUAGAAUACAGUAUAUACAUAUGAGAUGAGUAAUGCAAGAUAUGUAAACAUUAUUCAAGUGGCUAGUGUUCCAUUUCUUAAAGUGGCCAGUAAUAUCUAGUCUAUGUCUAUAGGCAGCAGCCUCUAAUGUGCUGGUGAUGGCUGAUUAACAGUCGGAUGGCCUUGAGAUAGAAGCUGUUUAGAUAGGUGCUGUAGGUGUCCUGGAGGGCGGGUAGUUUGCAGACCACACCACCCUCUGGAGAGCCUUGCGGUUGCGGGCGGUGCAGUUGCCGUACCAGGCGGUGAUACAGCCCGACAGGAUGCUCUCAAUUAUGCAACUGUAAAAGUUUGUGAGGGUUUUAGGUGCCAAGCCAAAUUUCUUUAGCCUCCUGAGGUUGAAAAGGCUCUGUUGUGCCUUCUUCACCACACUGUCUGUUUUUGUGGUCCAUUUCAGUUUGUCAGUGAUGUGUAAGCCAAGGAACUUGAAGCUUUCCACCUUCUCCACUGCGGUCCCGUCGAUGUGGAUAGGAGGGUGCACCCUCUGCUGUUUCCUGAAGUCUACAAUCAUCUCCUUUGUUUUGGUGGCGUUGAGUGAGAGGUUAUUUUCCUGGCACCACACUCCCAGAGCGCUCACCUCCUCCCUGUAGGCUGUCUCGUCUCUUCAUUGUCCUGUCUGUAGCUCUGUACUACUUUGUCCUGAGGGACAGUGCAGUUCAUUAAGUGGUCCCAGUGGGACAGAGAGCCGUAGGUGUGCCAACUACCCAAUUAACACUUGGGUGUUGUGGCUUGACCAUUGAUUGGAUGUUCAGAUUACUGCACUGUUGGCGCUAGAAACAUAAGCAUUUCACUGCACCUGAUAACAUCUGCAAAAUAUGUGUACGUGACCAAUAACAUUUGAUUUGAUUGAACCACCUCAUAAGAAUUGCAUGACUAACAACAAUCACAUUCCCUUAAAUCAGACUAAUGUCUCCAAUGAAUCAACUGUUGCAUGAUUUCAUGAAACUACUCUCCAAAGAGUCAAGUCCAAAAAUGACAAGAUUCAUAUUUAAAUAUGUUUGAGAAAUCACUCUUGCUUCUUGUGGAAAUGCCAAUACUGUGUUUAACCUCUAUGGGUUAUCAUAGGCUAACGUCAUGGUCACACUCAGUUAAUAACAUACAAUUGCAAUAUAACAUUCUCAAUAUAACAUUCAAAGUUCCCUUUCUUCUAAUGAAUAGGGUGCAGAAUUCUCAUACAGUAACUAAAAUCCACACACAAUGAGUAGGACAGAUGUCUCCAAAUGAUACAUUUAAAAUAUGUAUCUUGACAUGUGUGUCACAAUAAAUCUGCCCCUUACCUACUCAUCAGUUAAUAACAGACAUGGGUUUGGUUUGUUAUGUUCUCUCUGUGUGUAUCAACUCUCUGGAGACAGAACACCCUGUAGGUAUGUUGACUGUCUUCAUCGUGUACAUAUGUUGACUGUGUCUUCAUCUGUUUACUUAACUACACUUAGAUAUAUUAUUGCAGUUUCUUGCUGGAGACUAGUGUACCUGAAGUGGGUUGGGUCCAAAGUCCAAGGCCCAAUGAGAAAGGAAUGAGGAAGACAAUGAGAUAAUGGGGAGCUUCUCUCAAUACUAUAAAGUGGGUUCCUUCGCUCUGCUCCUUUCCCUCAUCUCUUUUAAAACACAGGAUAGGUGAAAGCAACAUAGUGGAUGCCUACUGUAAAUGUGUUUUCGCCUGUGGAGUGCAGAAGAAGGAAAAGAGACAAAUAGAGAGCCUAAGGUCACUUAUCGCUAUUGGGGACUAAUACUCCUGGCCCCAUCAUGACUGUGCUAAAGGGCAAACAUCCCUCAGCUGCAUUCAGUCACCUCAUAAAUAAUAUGUGACAAAUCAAUACGGAUGGCAGUUUGAACCUUCACCUGAUUAUUCAUUCCAGAAUCUUCUGAGGUGAAGCUAUGUAACCAGAUGAUUAGCAUGUUUAUUGAUGGUCAAAGGACCCUUGGAUCAGACCCUCUGUUGUUUGUCAAUCACGAUCAUGAACUCUAAACCAACCUUGUUUUGGUUUACAAUCAUUGGGUUAAAACAGCUUUUAUCAGUUUAUGAAAAAUGUCUAAAUAUUUUAGGUGAAGAGUUCAAUUAAAGCAGAAGUGUUGAUUUCAGUGAUCCAUCUCUGGUUGUCCCAGUGCUCAGUCUGAACCAUGAACCCUAACCCCUGCCCUCUACCCCCUGCCCUCUGUCCAGUAGCUAUGUUCAAAGAGGGGGUCAAGGAGAAGAACAGCCAUAACCGGUCAGACAACUCCACUGCUGUGAAUUCUGUUGGAGACAGCAAGGCUGUGGAGUACUACUUUGCUUCUGAUGCUAGGUGAGCUGAAAGCCCUAGGUGUGUGUUUGUGCAUACGUGCACGGUGUGUGUGUGCUUGUCUCAUGCUCCUUUCUCUUCCUCCGCCUCUCGCUCUCCCUGCCCAGUGCCAUCAUAGAGCACACCAACAAGGUGAUCUACCUGGAGGAUGAUGACAUAGCAGCGGUUGUAGGGGGGAAGCUGUCCCUCCACAGGCUGAACCGCCUGGCAGGAGAGGAUCCUGUCCGGGCCAUCCAGACCCUCCAGAUGGAAUUGCAGGAGAUCAUGAAAGGUCAGAGGUUAGAGGUCAUAGGGCUCAUCGCCAUGGCAACCUAAGGGUUAAUUACGAGUAGGUUAGAGUGUCCCAGGCCCUACACACUGACCUAGGGUCAGUUCUGUAUAAGGUUAAGGUGCAAUAUUUAGGAUUUGAUGAGGGAAAGCUGAUUCUAGAUAUGUGCCUAAGUGGAGCUUAAACCUAGAGCCGGUCAGUAUCGAUAACUUCCCAAUCACACACACACGUCAAAGAUAAGAUCUAGUGUCAUACUAGUGAAACGUAGUCUGAUUUUACACAGAGAACACAUACCCAUUUGGCCACACAUACUUUACUGAAGCUGCUAUCUAUAGCUCUAAGAACACUAGAAUAAGAUCUCCCUCUGCUGACGUCAGUGAGUAGCUACGCCUGUGACCUAACCAUUGUCCCUAUUGUGUCCUUAUCUUCUCUGUGCAGGUAACUUUGAGGCAUUCAUGCAAAAGGAGAUCUUUGAGCAGCCAGAGUCUGUGUUUAACACCAUGAGGGGGCGGAUCUGCUUCGACACCAACAAAGGUAGCUUACCAUGACGAUGUCAUAUCCUGAUCCUGUCACUCCCUAUUGUUCCAGGAUGCUGAUGACACAGUGCCCUAGGCUAAAUCAAUAUUAGCACAGCAACUCUGUUUGAUGUGAAAAGUAGGCAUUGGUCUGAAGCCUAAAAAUAAAGGAAAAUCACGAGCACCACAAUGCAUACUUCACCCAUGCUCCACCAAGGUUUUCCAGCACACAACUUGGACCUACUACAGUAGCUAUGUUGGUCUAUUUAUUUACUUAACCUUUAUUUAACCAGGAAAAGCCCAUGGAGACACUGUCUCUUUUCCAACGGAGACCUGGCCAAGAAGGCAGCAACAAUCAAAUACAUUACAGAAUUAAAACUAACAACAAUACAAUACAACAACAUGAUCCAGCCUAAAAAAAGCAUUUACACUCCUCUGUAACAGUCUCCCAUCAACAUUUUAAAUUAAUUCAGUGGCACUAACAUAUCUAGAUGUAGCAUGGAUUGUAGACUAUUCCAUGCCUCUGGUGCACAAGACGAGAAGGCAGUCUUGCCUAAUACUGUAAGUGUCCUGGGGACGUUAAGUAGCAACCACCUAGCAGACCGGGUAUGGUGACUGCUAGUGGUGAAGGAGACCAGACUACAGAGGUAAAGAGGGAGUUUACCCAAAAGGGCUUUGUAGAUGAACACAAACAAAUGUAGCUUUCUGCGCAUAUAAAGUGAGGUCCAACCCACCAUUUGGUAGAAGGUACAAUGGUGGGUGAGUGACUUGGCAUUUGUAAUAAAGCGCAAGGAUGCUUGAUAAACAGAGUCCAGUCUUUGUAAGACAGAGGAGGCUGCAUGCAUAUACAACAAGUCACCAUAAUCAGUUACAGAGAGAAAAGUGGCCUGAACAAGUUUCUUUCUAGCCAUAAUCGGGAAUCAAGCCUUAUUACGAAAAUAAAAACCCAAUUUCAAUUUAAGCUUCCUCACAAGAUUAUCCAUAUGAACUUUAAAGGAAAACUUGUCAUCCAACCCUAUACCUAGGUAUUUGUAGGAUUACACUUUUUCAAUGGAUAAGCCACCAGAUGUGACAAUGCUAAACUAUUGUACUUCAAACAAUGUGUAGGCAGGUUGCGUAGGAUUCAAACCUUCUCAAACAGCCUAAUUCACACUCUUAGAUGAGGUGCACCCACAAUAAUGUGACUUGUACUGCAUACAAGGUAAAGUAUUGGAUUCCUCACACACCACACUAAGACAUUAUCCCAUCCACUACCUUUUCAAGGUUAAUUUUUUUAUAUGAAAGCAAGCUUUUGUACUUACAAGAUCAUAAGGCUUGAUUGAGCUGUUUUGUCUUGUUGUAAUACGGUGCCUGCCUGGAUUUCCUUAAAUAUUUAUUUUAGCCAAAUAUGUUCUUUGGUCAGUAGGUGCCAAACAUAAAAACAUGUCACUCAUAUAGAUAUAGAGGUCUAUAGAGCCUGUCUGCAUUCCUGAUUUAUAUAACCAUUAGCUUACCUGUGUAAUAUUGGCAUAUACUCACUUGUUUUGCCAACAUUGUUCUGUUUUAUCAAUUGCUGUGCUGAUCAAUGGGCAGUGAAUAUGUAGUCUACAGUUAUAUUUGUGUAUUUAUUUAUUUUUGCAGUAAAGAUGGUGACGCUACAAUAAUACACAUUUACAAUAGGCCUAUAUCUAAAAAUACAUACAGCCUAAUUAUAUAUAUAUAUAUAUACAGUUGAAGUCGGAAGUUUACAUACACCUUAGCCAAAUACAUUUAAACGCAGUUUUUCACAAUUCCUGACAUGUUGCUUCAAUAUAUUCACAUAAUUUUCCUUCCUCAUGAUGCCAUCUAUUUUGUGAAGUGCACCAGUCCCUCCUGAAGCAAAGCACCCCCACAGCAUGAUGCUGUCACCCCCGUGCUUCACGGUUGUGAUGGUGUUCUUCGGCUUGCAAGCAACCCCCUUUUUCCUCCAAACAUAACGAUGGUCAUUAUGGCCAAACAGUUCUAUUUUUGUUUCAUCAGACCAGAGGACAUUUCUCCAAAAAGUACGAUCUUUGUCCCCAUGUGCAGUUGCAAACCGUAGUCUGGCUUUUUUAUAGCGGUUUUUGAGCAGUGGCUUCUUCCUUGCUGAGCGGCCUUUCAGGUUAUGUCGAUAUAGGACUAGUUUUACUAUGGAUAUAGAUAAGUUUGUACCUGUUUCCUCCAGCAUCUUCACAAGGUCCUUUGCUGUUGUUCUGGGAUUGAUUUGCACUCUUCGCAACAAAGUACAUUAAUCUCUAGGAGACAGAACGCGUCUCCUUCCUGAGCGGUAUGACGGCUGCGUGGUCCCAUGGUGUUUAUACUUGCGUACUAUUGUUUGUACAGAUGAACGUGGUACCUUCAGGCGUUUGGAAAUUGCUCCCAAGGAUGAACCAGACUUGUGGAGGUCUGCAAUUUUUUUCUGAGGUCUUGGCUGAUUUUUUUUUUUUUUCCCAUGAUGUCAAGCCAAGAGGCACUGAGUUUGAAGGUAGGCCUUCAAAUACAUCCACAGGUACACCUCCAAGUGACUCAAAUGAUGUCAAUUAGCCUAUCAGAAGCUUCUAAAGCCAUGACAUAAUUUUCUGGAAUUUUCCAAGCUGUUUAAAGGAACAGUCAACUUAGUGUAUGUAAACUUCUGACCCACUGGAAUUGUGAUACAGUGAAUUAUAAGUGAAAUAAUCUGUCUGUAAACAAUUGUUGGAAAAUUACUUGUGUCAUGAACAAAGUAGAUGUCGUAACCGACUUGCCAAAACUAUAGUUUGUUAACAAGAAAUGUGUGGAGUGGUUGAAAAAUGAGUUUUAAUGACUCCAACCUAAGUGUAUGUAAACUUACGACUUCAACUGUGUAUAUAUAUAUAUAUAUAUAUAUAUAUAUAUAUAUAUAUAUAUAUAUAUAUAUAUAUAUAUAUAUAUAUACAUUGAGUAUAGCAAACAUUAGGAACACCAUCCUAAUAUUGAGUUGCAAAGUCAAGGCUUGUCAAGGCUUAAAAAUCCUUCUUUAACCUAUCUCCUCCCCUUCAUUGACACUGAUUGAAGUGGAUUUAACAAGUGACAUCAAUAAGGGACCAUAGCUUUCACCUGGAUUCUCCUGGUCAGUGUAUGUCAUGGAAAGAGCAGGUGUUCUUAAUGUUUUGUAUACUCAGUGUAUAUAUACUGAACAAAAAUAUACACUAUCGUUCAAAAGUUUGGGGUCACUUAGAAAUGUCCUUGUUUCUCAUGAAAACAUACAUGAAAUUUGUGAGUUUGAAUAGGAAAUAUAGCAAAAUUAAUAGGAAAUGUAGUCAUUGACAAGGUUAGAAAUAAUGAUUUUUAAUUGAAAUAAUAAUUGUGUCCUUCAAACUUUGCUUUCGUCAAAGAAUAGUCCAUUUCCAGCAAUUACAGCCUUGCAGACCUUUGGCAUUCUAGUUGUCAAUUUGUUGAGGUAAUCUGAAGAGAUUUCACCCCAUGCUUCCUGAAGCACCUCCCACAAAUUGGAUUGGCUUGAUGGGCACUUCUUAAGUACCAUACAGUCAAGCUGCUCCCACAACAGCUCAAUAGGGUUGAGAUCCGGUGACUGUGCUGGCCACUCCAUUAUAGACAGAAUACCAGCUGACUGCUUCUUCCCUAAAUAGUUCUUGCAUAGUUUGGAGCUGUGCUUUGGGUCAUUGUCCUGUUGUAGGAGGAAAUUGGCUCCAAUCAAGCGCUGUCCACAGGGUAUGGCACGGUGUUGCAAAAUGGAGUGAUAGCCUUCCUUCUUCAAGACUUUACCACCACCAAAGCACCCCCAGACCAUCACAUUGCCUCCGCCAUGCUUGACAGAUGGCAUCAAGCACUCCUCCAACAUCUUUUCAUUUGGUCUGCGUCUCACAAAUGUUCUUCUUUGUGAUCCGAACACCUCAAACUUCGAUUCGGCUGUCCAUAACACUUUUUUCCAAUCUUCCUCUGUCCAGUGUCUGUGUUCUUUUGCCCAUCUUUUCAUUUUAUUGGCCAGUCUGAGAUAUGGCUUUUUCUUUGCAACUCUGCCUAGAAGGUCAGCAUCCCGGAGUCGCCUCUUCACUGUUGACGUUGAGACUGGUGUUUUGCAUGUACUAUUUAAUGAAGCUGCCAAUUGAGGACCUGUGAGGAAGUCUUUUCUCAAACUAGACACUCUAAUGUAUUUGUCCUCUUGCUCAGUUGUGCAGUUUGCGCUGUUCUGUGAAGGGAGUAGUACACAGCAUUGUAUGAGAUCUUCAGUUUCUUGGAAUUUUUACUAGGAUUAAAUGUCAGGAAUUGUGAAAAACUGAGUUUAAAUGUAUUUGGCUAAGGUGUGUGUAAACUUCCGACUUCUACUGUAGUUACUGUAGUAGGUCAAUGCUGUGUGCUGGAAAACCUUGGUAGAGCAUGGGUGAAGUAGGCAUUUAAUUUUCUUUCUUUUUCAGCUUCAGACCAAUGCCAACUUCUCACUUAUUUUUUUAAAAAAUUUUUUAAUAAUGUCCAUGGUUGUUAAGGGUGAAUUAUACAAUAUUUUCACAUGCAAAGACAGAUUUUAUUAGCAACCAAAAGGCUGUAAUUGGCAUUGCUAUUCUAACUUGUAAUGCGGCCUCUGACAAAAGGUCUGGACCUUAAUGGCAUAGGUAGUGUGCUUGCAUAACUGCAAGGGUUGCUGGUUUAAACCCUGGUCUGCUGACUGUUGCCCUCUAAAAUCAGUUUUUAACUAACUAGUUUGCGACAGACUUACAUUGUAAAAUGACUUGCCAUUCAAAGCUAAGUUUUAACUAAAAGCAAAACUACUUUAUAACCGAUCAUCCUUUGAAGGUCUUAGCUCAGCCAGAAAGCUUUUGGCACAUGAGAGCGAUAAAUUAUAAAUGUAACCAAAACUGUUGCCCGUACAAACUUAUUCAGUCAGAAAGGUAGCAAGUGUAAUGGACACUUUAUGGACGUUGUAGUUGUCACGCCCGGGCUCUGGGGACACUGUUAUGUUGAGCCAGGGUGUGUAAUUCUAUGUAUUCUAUUGCUAUGUUGGGAGUUCUAGUUUGUAUUUCUAUGUUGGCCUGAGUGACUCCCAAUCAGAGGCAACGAGUGUCAGCUGGUUGUCUCUGAUUGGGAGCCAUAUUUAAACUGUCUGUCUUUCCCUUUGUGUUUGUGGUUUCUUGUUCUUAUUUGGUUUGUGUUCAACCGUAGACAUCACGUUAUCGUCUGUUGUUUUGAUCGUGUGAUCAUUCUCUAAAUAAAUAUGUUCACCUUCAACGCUGCGCAUUGGUCCUCCUCCUUAGACGAUCGUGACAGUAGUCUCGUUCUUAUCCGAUGCCUAGAUAUUGAGCUAGGUCGGGGCAACAAAUUGUAUUUUUUUACUAAUGCUAACGACCCUGUUCAAAAUCGGGUAUAUGGUUCUCGGUAACGGCCUGACGGUUCAUGACUAGAGGCAGGGAGUGUGUUGUUUACCUCCAAUCAAGGUGAUUUGCACAUUUUCAUCGACAUAUGGCUUAACCAAAGCCUAUGCGACAAUAAUUAACAGUUAUUAUGUGGAAGUAGACGUGCCACAACGUGCCACAACUGAGACGUGCCACAACUGCAAAACGUAUUUAUUUAUAAACCAAUACAAACAUCCACUUACUAUAUGACCCCCUAUCCCCCAAAACCCCUAAAUAUAUUUUUUUUAAUCAACUUUUUUAUUUAUUUUUAUUAUAUGUUAAAGCAAAAAGGUAGAAUAAACAGCUUUGGACAAAUAAAAAUAAUGUCAGCGCACUUCCAACAUAUAUUCACAUAAAACCCCUAAAUAUCUGAACAAUAUCCCUCUCACCUCUUGGCUCUAUAUGCUCAUGCUGAUGGUCUCCUCUCUCCUGUCCUGUCCUCAGUGAUCCUGGGGGGAUUGAAGGACCACCUGAAGGAGAUCAAACGCUGCAGACGCCUCAUCAUGAUUGGCUGUGGAACCAGCUUCCAUGCUGCCGUGGCUGUAAGUGAACCAACCAGAAGUGCGAUUGAGGAAGAGAAGGAGAAAGGAAAGAUAAUGAUGGUGAUGAUGAUGAUGAUGAUGAUGGUGAUGAUGAUGGUAAUGAUGGUGAUGGUGAUGACUUCUUCUCUUCCCCUUUCCCUUCACCUCUCAGACCAGACAGAUUCUGGAGGAGCUGACAGAGCUUCCUGUCAUGGUGGAGCUGGCUAGCGACUUCCUGGACCGCAACACGCCUGUCUUCAGAGACGACGUCUGCUUCUACAUCAGCCAAUCAGGUAAUGCCAUACUGCGUUGGUAGAUAGACUGCUAUUUAUAUUUUAUUGCUAGUGUUUCAUAAAACUCUAGUGUUUCUGUUAUUUAUGGUGGAGACUGUGGAUACGCUGAUAAAAGACAAUGCUAGUACAGAGACUAUAAUCUGUUGGAUAGGGGAGAAUUCUAGUGUUUGUAUGAAUGCUAAAUUGCCUCUGUCCUCUGCUCCUUCCUCCCCUCAGGUGAGACAGCAGACACCCUGAUGGCUCUGAGGUACUGUAAGGAGAAAGGAGCUCUGACGGUGGGGAUCACCAACACCGUGGGCUCCUCCAUCUCCAGAGACACAGACUGUGGGGUGCACAUCAACGCUGGCCCAGAGAUAGGGGUUGCCAGCACCAAGGCCUACACCAGCCAGUUUGCGGCUCUCAUUAUGUUUGGUCUGAUGAUGAGUGAGGACAGGAUCUCCCUGCAGGCGAGAAGGCUGGAGAUCAUCAAUGGACUCAGGAUACUCCCAGGUGAGUCUAUAAACCACAGCACCCACUGUGAUAAUGUUUAACCCAUUAUAACCUCACUAUAACCAACAUGCUAUCAUUACGACUAACACACUUUAACCAAUAUACUGCCUGAUCUCACCAGCAAAAACACCACUUUGUUGUUUUUACUAAACCUCUCUUUUUCAUCCCCUAUCUCUCUCCUCUCCCUCUCUCAGAGUUGAUCAAGAAGGUGUUGACUCUGGAUAAGAAGAUCAAGUCCAUAGCAGAUGAGCUGUAUGAACAGAAGUCUCUGCUGGUCAUGGGGCGAGGCUUCAACUACGCUACCUGUCUGGAGGGGGCACUGGUGAGGACAAAUCUAGGAUUAGUUUACCCACCCCAAAUACUAACCCUCAACCAUUAUAGGAAACAUGCAAAACUGAACUUAGGUCAGCGUCCAUCUAGGGGCAAUGUUUGGCUUUUUCUCCUCUUUUCUGCUUAUUUAUAUGCCAUUAAACAUCUAUAUAUACACACAGUAUAUGCACAUUCUGACAUGAUAAUACUGAUUAUUAUGUCAUAUGACUGAUUGAUUCUUCCCAUACAGAAAAUCAAGGAAAUCACGUACAUGCAUUCAGAGGGCAUCCUGGCUGGGGAGCUGAAGCACGGUCCUCUGGCUCUGAUUGACAAGCACAUGCCGGUCAUCAUGAUCAUGAUGAGAGACGCCUGCUACACCAAGUGUCAGAACGCACUGCAGCAAGUCACAGCCAGAUCGGUAUGUCACAUUACUCACUCACAUAGGCUGCAUUUAGACAGGCAGCCAAAUUAAUUGGUCUUUUGAUCAAUCACAUCAGAUCUUUUUACAUCAGAUAUUUUUCAGCGCUGUUCUGAUUGGUCAAAAGACCAAUUAGUGAAAAAAUAUCUGAAUUUGGCUGCCUGUCUAAACGCAACCUUAUUCAAAUAUUCAGAUACACACAACUAAAUACAAAGAACUUGCUCACGUACAGUACACUAGUGGCAUUUCAAUGUAAAAAGCCCCAUGAGCACUAACAUGUGAAGUUCAUAGGAGCAAAUCACUUUUGGUGUCAAAUGAAAGCUAAGGGUCUAUAAAAAAUUUAAAUACGGGGAAAAUGUGGAAUAAGCAAAUGCUUUGAUUACUGGUCAAACAGAUGGAAAAGGGGUCUUAGAAAACAUUUAGCAGAAAAAGUCUUAAAAGGUAUUAGAAAUACAUCAAAACACAAUACUGUUAAAGUAAAGACAGCCAACUAAUAUCAACAUUUAUAUUUGGUUUUGCAGAGAUUAUUUGCCUUCUGUAAAAAUUACAAAAACCCACAUAUCUUUAAGAUAUUUUCUAAUUUCUCUCCCUCAUGAGGAGGGAGAGUAAUGAAAGUUUCAAAGUAACAAGUGAAGCUAAACCUACCAAUGAUUUUACCAAUGAGUUUAUGAUUAGCUCCCGAGUGGCGCAGUGGUCUAAGGCACUGCAUCGCAGUGCUAGCUGUGCCACUAGAGAUCCUGGUUCAAAUCCAGGCUCUGUCGUAGCCGGCCGUGACCGGGAGACCCAUGGUGCGGCGCGCAAUUGGCCCAGGGUAGGGGAGGGAAUGGCCGGCAGGGAUGUAGCUCAGUUGAUAGAGCAUGGCGUUUGCAACGCCAGGGUUGUGGGUUCAAUUCCCACAGGGGGUAUGAAAUAAAAGUAUAAUAAUAAUGUGACUAACUGUAAGUUGCUCUGGAUAAGAGCGUCUGCUAAAUUACUAAAAUGUAAAUGAUUUAUUAAGUGAUUAAAACGCUUCAUUCUGUUACCAAAUCGGUAACAGAAUGACCAAUCAAAUCAGUAACAGAAUGUCUGCAACUGAAUUAGCUACAAUGGGAAUUCAUAAUAGUCACCUGCUACUGUCCUAUCUUCCACUGGCAUACUCUUAUGUUCAUCUCAUAACCGUUUUCUUUCUGUCGCGUGGUGGUCAUAGCAAGUGUGUGAAAAGAGUCUGGACAACCCCUCCCUCUCUCUCUCCCUGUCUCUAUCCCUGUCUCUCUCCCUGUCUCUCUCUCUGUCUCUCUCUCCUCUCUCUCUCUCUUAAUGUCACCUCUCCUGCCUCUUACUGACACCUACCCAUGAGACCCCUUUUUUCCAUUUAUUGUAACCAACCCUCUCACCCACUGAGCACAUACCGACACCAGACAUCCAUGGACGUUGAAAGUAGUUGAAAUUUGGUCCGUCUAUGUCACGCCCUGGCUCUGGGGACUCUGUUAUGUUGAGCCAGGGUGUGAAGAGUCUAUGUUUUGUGUUUCUAUGUUCAGGAUCUAGUUCAUUGUGUUUCUAUGUUGGCCGGGGUGGUUCUCAAUCAGAGGCAACGAGAAUCAGCUGUCGCUUGUUGUCUCUGAUUGGGAACCAUACUUAGGCAGCCGUUUGGGUAUUUGUGUUUGUGGGAUCUUGUUUCCGUGUUGGUGUGUGUUUGUUACCAAGGACUUCACGUAUCGUUUUGUUGUUUUGUUUGUGUGGUGAAUAUAAUAAAGUAUGUUCGCAUUCCACGCUGCGCAUUGGUCUACUCCUUUCGACGAUCGUGACAGUCUAACUCUGAACCAAUCAUAGAUGUCUGUUUCACAAGUUUGGACAGCACAGUAAAGAAAAGUAUAAUAGAGUGUAGGUCAGUACAAUACAGUACUGUACUGUAAAGUAUAGUAAAGUUUAGUACAGUACAGUACAGUACAGCACACUAGAGCAGACUAUAAUAUAAUUUACUAUAUUGUACUGUACUUUACUGUACUGAACUAUACUCUACUGUACUGUACUAAACUAUACUGUACUCUACUGUAUUGAACUAUACUGUACUGUACUCUACUGUGUUGUGCAGUGCUGUGCUGUACUGUGAUGUCUAAACUUGUGAAACAUAGACGUCUCUGAUUGGUACAGAUUUUGUCCGGUCCGGACCAACCAAAUGUGGUCUUGUUUGGGGGCGGAGCUCAUUCGAAUAAUAGCCAGUGUGUAGAAAAACCCCAUGCAAAGGAGGAUAGGACAUUUUCUACCUUUCAUAGAAAAACAUUGUGACAUUCAUUAUUAUGCAUUUCUGUAUAGUACAGAUCAGGGACCCAUGAUGUCAUUCUGUUACCGGGUGUUAAUCCACUUCACUUACUGUAGUUCAAUCACCCAAAUAUAUUUUUUCAAAACACACGGUUUUUGGAAAACAUGGUCAAAUAAAAAACAGAGGGAGAUUUUACCGUAAUUCUGUUACCAAACUUUACAUCUGCAGUGUUCUUCGAGUAAAUGUGUUUUUGUUAAAUUUUCUGUGGAGAUUGUUAAAAGUAGUCAUUGUUCAUAGAGUUGUAUGGUUUGUUUAACUUUUCAAUCAAUGGUUUUUGUUUAUCAUACUUUUAAAGUGAAAAUUCUGAGUCUCAGCAUCAUUAUAUUACCAUGGAAUUGCACCUAGACAAACACACGUACAUACAACCACAAGCACACACACAGCCUGACUAUCAAAAUACUUUAAUAAUCUCUUUCACCCUCAGGGGCGGCCGAUUAUCCUGUGUUGCCAGGAUGACCCAGAGGUGUCUAAGAAUGCGUACAAGACCAUUGAGCUGCCUCAGACAGUGGACUGUCUCCAGGGCAUCCUCAGUGUCAUCCCACUGCAACUCCUGUCCUUUCACCUGGCCGUGCUGCGAGGAUACGACGUGAGUCUACCACUACAACCUAUCUUGUCUUACUGCUAUCUUUUCCUUUGCUCACAGACAUCCGUUACUGUACCUUUUAAUUCCCAGUAUUUACUCUGAUUUUAUUUAGAUUUAAUUACAACAAGCAUUAAAAUCUACUGUUACAAGGACUCACAAAAUCAACUAUGCUGAAUGUGUAUCUAGUUUUGUGUUGUCUCCUUUACUCUUCAGGAUUGAGCUGGUUUAAUGGCUGUCUCUCUCUCCUCUGGUUGCAGGUGGACUGUCCCAGGAACCUGGCCAAGUCUGUCACAGUGGAGUAGAACCAGACAGACAGGCAGGAAGCAGUAGAGGCCACAGCACUGCUCUGCUGAGGAGAGAGACAGAGGAGGCGAAGCCAUCAAAGUGCAAUUAUGUGUGUUUGUGUGUGU